AUGCCAAGUCAGGAGCAGUCACCAACGGCGUCGGUGCUAAAGCCACAGCUCUCUGCUGAUUGUCGGCGGGCGAAGAAGCGUCAGAUGGAUCGAAUGAACCAGCAAAGAAAGCGCAAGAGAGACCGAGAGCAUCUACAGCGAUUGCAGGAGAAUGUCCAAUUGCUUCAACAAGACAAGGCAAGCAGCCUGGUCUCGAGCCUCAUGACGCAGCGGGACCUCAACGAGGAGAGAAUGCUGCGACACAGGAAAAGACUGCUUCAAAUCAAGGGCUUGAUCGAGGCCGACUUGGCUGAUCUAGGUCAGCCUGAAGAUGUUCCAAGUGACAAGAGCGAUGCAGAUGCUCUUGGUCCCUCGCCAAACCCCGCGACUUUCUCAGCGGUCGAUCCGUCGCUGUUGGAGGCAGCAUCCUCGGAGCCUGGGCCAGAUUCCACCUGUUUCCUACCAGCCGAAAAGAAUGACACUUUGGACGCACUCCUCGCAGAGCUCUCAGCCCCUAAUGUAGAAGGUGAUACUGUGACCUGGCCUCCCCCGAUGCUAGGUGCCAUGGCAGGCGCCGUCGAGAGCAGCCCUUUGCCCUCCUCACAAUCAGUCCUUGAUGGCCGUCACAGCAAGAUCUGGAGAUACAUUGAACAGCUGAUUUCCCACACAAAGUCAGCUUCGACCCUAGGCGACACUGAGCUCGACAUGCACAUCAUCAUCGCCGCAGUCUCGCAGGGUUGGACACAAUUCUCUCAAGCGGUCAUGGUCGACGCGCGAUGGAGCUGUCUGCGCGAAUUGGACGAAAAGUACUUUGCACCAAACUACAGCAAUGUUGAACGCUUGGCAAUUUUGACGAUAGCAAGUCAAACGAUCAAACAGGAUAUGAUGCAGCAGACUACUGGAACAAGCUGGUCGAAAAUCCUGCCACCGUUCAUAAAAUCAAGGCCUUCGCAACUCGCAUUUCCUCACUCAGUAAUUGCCGACAGCUACGUCUGGCCAGGCUUCCGCGAGAGACUCUCUAUCUGCCAUGACUACUACACCGACGUCUUUUUGCACGCCACGCACACAAUGUUCCGAUUUCUCUGGCCGUACGACUUUAAAGAAGCAUUCAAUUUGAAUUUCCAGACGGGAUUGUGCCAUCUGUCACCCCGCUUCCUGGCCAGCAUGCAAGACAUACGAUGCUGGACGAUGAACUCGGACUUUUUCCAAAGAUAUCCCGAUUUUCGUGGGGAUGUCCCUGUCUCUAAUCCUCAACCGGCGCAGCCAAGCUUGCACACGCUGUGGUACGCAUUUCAAAGUCAAGAAGACUCCGAGACUUGUCAGGAUGAGGAAUCGAACAAGAAGUGCUUCGGUGUGUGGGCCAGCGUCUGA